AGGCGUUGCCUGGAAACGGGCCGCGCGCGUCCCCAGCUGCCGCGCGCUCACGUCAAGGUUUGUUUAAUAAUCGCCGGGGUAUUUAUUGUCCUGGCUCCCGGCGGCCGCGCGGGAGCCGGGAGACCGCGCGCGGGGCAGCGAAUGAGGCGCGGCGGCUGUGGCCCAGGGCACCUCCCCCCGGCUUCUCGAACCCUGCCCCGUCCGACCCGAGGGGGGAGGAUGGAAACACCAGCCGCGCUCUGAGCUCCUCAGGAAGAGAACACCUUUCCCGCCACACCACCCCUCGGUCCACGAGUCCAUCUCCCAGAGCGGGCCGAGCGGAAGAGCGAGCGAUGGCAGAUAACCUGAGGAGACUGGUCUCCAACGAAGCUUUACGAUCGUUGCAGGACAAGCUAGAGUCCUGGCUGAGGGAGUACAACGCCAACUCAUGUGAUCAAAAUCUAAAUCACUGCCUCGAACUCAUUGAACAAGUUGCCAAAGUGCAGGGACAACUCUUUGGGAUCCUCACUGUAGCAGCCCAAGAAGGAGGACAUUAUGAUGGUGUGGAAACAAUCAAAUCACGCCUUUUGCCUUGGCUGGAGGCCUCCUUUACAGCUGCUUCCCUGGGGAAACCUGUGGACAGCAAGGUCCCUUCUCUACAGGACACCUUCGAUAAGGACAGACAUAAGGAGUCUGGUACUCGGGACAUACAACAAUUAGAUGCUGAUUUGAGUGCAACUCGUAAUCAACUCAACCAGGUUCAAGACGAUAUGGCUGAGACUGAAAAGACUCUUGAAGAACCCAAGAACAGAUCUGCCAUAUCCCUUUUGGCUGCAGAGGAGGAAAUAAAUCAGCUAAAAAAGCAGCUUAAAUCACUUCAAGCCCAGGAAGAAUCUCGCCACAGAAACUCAGAUCGUAGGAGAUCAGAGAAGCGGGGCUCCGAGCGUAGGAGAGUGGAGCUGCGGGGCUCAGAGCAGCGGGUCUCUGACCUGGACAGGCGAUGCACAAACCAGCGGAACGCAGAAGCCGUGUGCGAUUAUGAGAAACAGCUCCGAACACUGAAGGAUGAGAUAGCUGUUCUGUCGGCUGAAAAAUCUGUACUCCAAGGAAGGUCCGCCAGGAGCCGAUCUCCUAGUCCUGCCCCUUGCAGCCGCAGCCACAGCCACAGCCGCAGCCACAGCCACAGCCGCAGCCACAGCCGCAGCCACAGCCGCAGCCACAGUCACAGCCGAAGCAGAUCCGCCAGCCCCUCCUCUGCCAAGGCUAGGACCCCGUCUCCGAAUCGCGCCAAACUGUCCAGCGUGGCGCGCAAAGCCGCCCUGCUGUCCCGGUUCAGUGAUGCUUAUUCCCAGGGCCGCCUGGAUGCGCAGUGCCUGCUGCGGCGCUGCAUCGACAAAGCCGAGACGGUGCAGCGGAUCAUCUACAUCGCGACUGUGGAGGCGUUCCAUGUGGCCAAAAUGGCAUUCAGACACUUCAAGAUCCGUGUCAGGAAAUCACUGACACCAUCUUGUGCAGGGUCAAAUGACUUUGAGGAUGCUGUCUCGGAUUAUAUCAUCUGUCAUCUUGAUCUAUAUGAUUCCCAAAGCAGUGUUAAUGAUGUGAUCCGAGCCAUGAACGUCAAUCCCAAGAUUUCAUUCCCUCCUGAAGUUGACUUUUGCCUCCUCAGUAACUUCAUCCAGGAGAUAUGCUGCAUCGCCUUUGCAAUGCAGACUUUAGAACCACCCCUAGAUAUUGCAUUUGGGGCAGAUGGAGAAAUUUUUAAUGAUUGCAAGUACCGUCGAAGCUAUGACUCUGAUUUCACGGCUCCCUUGGUCUUCUAUCAUGUGUGGCCUGCUCUCAUGGAGAAUGACUGUGUCAUCAUGAAAGGAGAAGCUGUCACCAGGAGAGGGGCUUUUUGGAAUUCAGUGCGAUCUGUAAGUCGAUGUCGAAGCAGGAGUUUAAGCCCCAUCUGCCCUCGUACCCGUAUUGGUUUAGGCAUGAUAUCUCGAAGCCGGAGUCCUUCUCCAAUAAGAUGUGGAUUGCCAAGGUUUUAAAACCACCAGCCAUGUUCCUCUGCCCAGGACACCUACAAUGGCCAGCUUACCCAGCGCUUCCACCUGCCUGCUGUGUUGCCUCAGACCUCACUUAAGCUAAUGUGACAAGGCAAUUCUGUGUAUCACUUCACACAGAGAGUUAAAUGUUUUGGCUUAGCGCAUUUGUAACUGCAGAUAUAUUGCAUUUUAUUCUAUUUUUAUAGAUACAGAUUCCAUUAAUUUGAUAAAAACUAUUACCUAGGUGUUUAGGAUCAUAUUCAUUUGAAGCUAAGCCCAUUAUACAGGUUCAGGAUUCUCAACCUGAAACACAAGGCUCUUUUAUAACAACUAAAGUGAAAAACUUUUACUGUGCUAUGUGCAAAAGACAAGAAGAGUCAUUUCAAUUUGCAGACUGAUCAUAAAUAUUAUAAUUGCUGGGUUUAGAUUUAGCUGGAAAACAAUCUGGGGUGUUUUUAUUUUCUUUGGGGACUUGGAAGACAGCCCCAGUCUCAAGUUGGGGAACUUAUAGCAUAACAGGGACUUCAGGCUACACGUACAUGAUGAUGAUUUAGGAAAAUACAGGCUACACGUACAUGAUGAUGAUUUAGGAAAAUAGAGUUCAUUGGUUGGCUUCUAUUUUCCUGCUGUGAAGUGCCCAGUUUGGUUUAGUUGAGCACGGUUGGUUGAAGCUACCUACUUGAGAGAGUUCUCUUGCUUCAUAAAUGUGGAGUGGUGAUUUGGGUAGAAGCUAACUUGGUGACUAUAUGUUAGGUACCUUGUGUUUAUCUCCUGGGAAUGUUUCAGAAUGAAGUUUUAAUGUACAUGUUAAAUAUAAAAGCUACCUGACAUCUUGACAUCUUUUACCUAUUCUACUUAGUUGGUUAUAAACUCAGAUCUCCUAAGAACUCCAUCUGACACUGAUGGUGGGAAUGUAGACUGAUGUAGUUACUAUGGAGAACAGUAUGGAGGUUCCUUAAGAAAGUAAAAAUAGAGCUACCGAUAUAACCCAGCAAUCCCACUAAUAGGCAUAUAUCCAGAGAAAAACAUGAAUUUGAAAGGAUACAUGCACCCCAGUGUUCAUAGCAGCACUACUUACAACAGCCAAGACAUGGAAGCAACUUUAGUAUACAUCAACAGAUGAAUGGAUAAAGAAGAUUGGUACAUAUAUUCAAUGGAAUACUACUCAGCCAUUAAAUGAAUGAACUAAUGCCAUUUGUAGCAACAUGGGUGGACCUGGAGAUUACCAUGCUAAGUGAAGUAAGUCAGACAGAAAGAUAAAUAUUGUAUGAUAUUGCUUACACAUGGAACCUAAAAAAUUAUACGAAUGAACUUAUUUACAAAACAGAAACAGACUCACCAGACUUACAGAGCAGAUGUAUGGUUACACUAGGAGAAGGGUGGGGAGGGGAAGGGAUAGAUUAGGAGUUUGGGAUUGACUUGUACACACUGCUGUAUUUUAAAUGAAAUGUGUUUCCCAUGAAAAAAAAAAAGGGACAUGCCUGGAAUGCAGAAGAGUUCUCAUUGAAUAGCUGAUCAAUAAAUGACAUUUAGCUAUGCUAA